UUUUUCUAUCAUCUGUCAAAUACCUGUCAUAACAAAUAUCAACAAAAAAGUUGCAAGAUUUUUGAUAAAUGGAGCCCUUUCAGACCACGGAAGUUCGCUUGAGCGACGUUUGCCGUUCCUGUUUACUAAAAACCGACAACAUGUUAAAUUUCACCCCAAAAACUGAUCAAACUUCCGAAGUAAUCGCUAUGUUGUCUUCAGUCGGAAACAUUGAGAUUGAAAUUAAUGAAUACCUUCCGUCUUAUCUAUGCAGAACAUGCGAAGAAAAAUUAAGGUUAUCUUACGACUUCCAAUUAUUAAUACAAAGGUCGAAUGAAAUUAUUCGGGAAUGUAUGAACACAGCAUAUGUGGUUUCAGGAGAAGAACGGUGCCCUGAAGAGAAAUGUAAAGUAGAAGAAAUUGAAGAAAACAAAGAAGUCAUUGUAAAUCCUGUAGUGCGGACGUCAAAGAAACUCCUUGAGUUUUCCCAUAGUGAAGUUGAGGAAGCUAUUAACGAGUACCAAAGGCUGUAUAACCAUGUUGAUUGCAUCCAGUGUGGAUUUGUUACCAGUAAUUCACGGGCAUUAUCUAUUCACGUGUCGCGAUUACACAAAGAAUUGAAAGACCGUUGGUGUUCCCUCUGCAAUAUAGAAGUUGACAAUUUAUCUCACCAUUCCAAAAUCCAUGUUAGAGACCGUUUUAGGUGUAAAUUCUGUGGAAAACAAUUCAACAUGGGGGGGCACUUCUUCGAGCAUCUACGUAGCCAUUCCAGCGAAAAGCCUCACAGGUGCCAUAUUUGCCAUAAAGGUUUUAUCGUGCGUCGGACUUUAGAUAAACACAUAAGGGCCCAUAUGAACAAUCGUGUCUAUAAAUGCCAUUUAUGUCCUCGAAAUUUCUCUGUUCCAAAAUUGCUACGGAUGCAUUUACGCAAACACUAUGCACAUAAAGUUGAAGAGCAAACCCCAUUGCCUCCAAUUAAAUCAUAUCAACCACAGAACUUCUGCAAAGUGUGUAAGAAACGCGUAAGAAGCUUGGAAUACCACUUGGCCAAGUUCCACGCGAGCAACCCCCUCGAAAACAAAAAAAGCGAAGGAGUUUUGUGCACGCGUUGUGGAAAAAAAUUUAGCUCGUUGUCCCGUUUCCGUCUACACAUGCGUACCCACACUGGGGAAACCCCCUACAAAUGUCGGUUCUGUGAUAAACGAAUGAGAAAUCGGAAUCAUGUGGUACUGCACGAACGCACACACACCGGGGAAAAACCGUACGUCUGCAACAUAUGUGGUCGGGGUUUUAGUCAAACGAGUGUUCUUAGGACGCACAUGCUCAUUCACACCGGUCGACCAGUAAGUUGCAAUUUAUGCCCAAAGCGCUUCUGUAGACCUGCGCAGUUGCGUCUGCACAUGCGCGAUCAUACAGGGGAAAAACCGUAUCAGUGUACCGAAUGUGAUCAAGCGUUCAAACAAAUGAGUCAUCUGUCAGACCAUGUGAAAAGGCACAGUGAUGAAAGACCCUACAAGUGUUCACAUUGUGAUAAGGGUUUCAAACAAAUGUCAACUUUGAAGUCACAUAUAACAAUACAUACAGGGGAAAAACCGUUCAAGUGUAGUCAGUGUCCAUAUGCGUGUCGACAGAGGUAUAGUUUGACCCAACACAUGAAACAACACAGUGCAGACACCCCUAAUCCUGAAAAGCCCCAUUUUUGUAAUUUGUGUCAAAAAGGAUACAGCACCAUGGCCAUGUUGAUGUCACACAAUGAUUUAGUGCACAAGGUUUAGAGCUUUAAUUUUAUUACUUAUGUCUACUAUUUUACAUAAAAUAUUUAUAAACUUAA